AUGGAGGAUGGAGGGCUGGGCCUCCCUCACAUAGCCUGGUUCUUCUCACUGUCACCAUCAUCUUCUUGGAUAUCGAGAAGGAGAAGCUGGAGUAGACUCCUGGAAUCUAAUAGUUAAAAGCUCUGAGGAAACUCUGCUUCAGUCUUCUCUCAAAUUGGGAGCCGCUGAUUAUCCUCUUCGUCUUCCAUUACAUUGUCCACAAUGGCGACCACUGCGGUGACUAUGGGCUGCGACUCUCUUGCCACGAUCUGCUCAGGCGCAAACUGCUUAGUUCCUCCAAGUAACUUCAAUGAAAUACUGAGCGUGGUGCUGAGCUCAGUGCUCACCGUGAUGCUCGCCAUGGUAAUGUUCGCCAUGGGCUGCACCGUGGAGGCCAGGAAGCUGUGGGGCCACAUCAAGAGGCCCUGGGGCAUCUUCAUCGGCUUCCUCUGCCAGUUCGGCAUCAUGCCUUUCACAGCCUUUGCCUUGGCACUGGCCUUCAAUGUGUUGCCAGUGCAGGCGAUUGUCAUUGUCGUUAUGGGCUGCUGUCCUGGAGGCACUGGCUCUAACAUUAUCUGCUACUGGCUGGAUGGAGACAUGGACCUGAGUAUCAGUAUGACACUCUGUUCCUCUAUCAUGGCCUUGGGGAUGAUGCCUCUCUGUCUGCUCAUUUACACCGCCACCUGGACUUCCAGCGGCGCCAUCCAGAUCCCCUAUGACAGUAUCGGUAUCACUCUGGCUGCUCUUCUUAUUCCAAUUGCUGCGGGGAUUUAUGUUAAACGCAGAUGGCCCCGCGCUGCAAAAAAGAUCCUCAAGAUUGGGUCCAUUGCAGGCUUUGCCCUCAUCAUCAUCAUAGCUGUGGUUGGAGGAGUUCUCUACCAGUCCUCCUGGAUCAUUGCUCCCUCCCUUUGGAUUAUUGGAACUAUCUACCCCUUUAUUGGUUUCGGCCUGGGGUUCAUCCUGGCCCGCAUUGCAGGUCAACCCUGGCACAGAUGCCGAACCAUUGCCCUGGAGACAGGUAUCCAGAACUCCCAGCUGUGCAGCACCAUUGUCCAGCUGUCCUUUAGCCCUGCCGAGUUGGAGUUGAUGUUUGCUUUCCCCCUCAUCUACAGCAUCUUCCAGCUGGUGAUGGCAGUCAUAAGUGUGGGAGCCUACCAGGCAUACAAAAGGGUAUGUGGCCGCGGUGCAGCUGAUGCAGACAGUGAGGCUGUAGAAGCCAAGGAUGAUGAUACUGAUUCUGAAUUUAAUGAAAACGACAACAGCGGAGAGAAGGAGAAGGGCUUUGACAAGAAAACCCAGCUGUGA